GGCAUUUCUUUUCAUGAUUCCAUUUAAGAAAUUAGCAUCACUUUUUAUACGUACUUUCUCAAAGCCAGUUGCGAAUAUCAUCAAAAGAUAUGCUUUGAAUAACAACAAUAAAAGAUCAUUUGGAAGAAGGAUUGUCAGAAAUAGUUUUAUUUUUAUAGGAAAUAAGUAUCAUGCAUUGGAUACUUAUUUGGAAAGGGCCUCCAUUGGGUAAUCAAAUCAACAAAUUUUUAUUAAACCAUUGACAGAUGAAGCUGCAUUUAUGAAAGGUUAAUAACUAAUUAAAUUAAAAUUAGGCACUGAUCUAUUUUCAGAUUUAUUUAUAUAUACAUGUGUUUUGGGAUUGCCUUUGUAUGAGAUCAUUAGACAAUCAAAUGAGUCUGCAAAAAAGGAAGCCAUUUAGGAUGAAAAAUUACACAAACUAUCAAAAGUACGGCAACAAUUUUGACUUUUAGGAAGUUGAAGAAUUGGAGUUAAUUGAAUCUAAAAUAAAAGAGAAAUAAUUAUAGCUAGCAUAAUUAGACACAAAACUAAUUGAACAAAUAUCAUAAACAAGCUAUCAAUUUCAAUAGCAAAUAUAAAACAUCUUUAAUGAUUUAAAUAAGAAUUAAUGA